UCGUCGUCCUCCCCUCCACCCAAGCCACUCGAUCGGCUCGCCCCUGGCCUCCAACUCCAAGUCCCCACCUCCUCCCCCUGCAAGGCCCACCGGCCCCGCCUCAACCUCAACGCCGGCCUCACAAACUCGCGCAGACCUCCCUCGUGCGCCACGCCGCUCGCCAUCCUCGCCUCCUUUCUCCAGUCUCGAAUCCUUCUGGUAGUAUCGGGAGAAUUAGCAGCAGCAGCAGCAGGAGUUGUGCUUUGGGAUCCGAUGUCGGGGACAAUCGCUUCCUCCUCCUCGGCUUUCCUCCUCCUCGUCGCGUCAUCCUCGCCGCGGCGCAGGCGGAGCAGGGUCGGCGCGGCUCUGCGCUCGUACGGCUACGGCGGCGCGGGGCUCCGCUUGCAUUGGGCGCACCGGGGCCCGUCUCGGGAUGGAGCGGCAGCAGUGCGCGCCGCGGCGGCACCGGGCGGGGGCGAGGGUGAGGAGGCCGCGGCGGCAUUAGAGAGCUCCACGCUGAAGGGGGUCGCCGUGCAGGGCAGCAAGGACAAGGCUGCAGAUUCUGCUUCACCUCCCAAACCUGUGACAUCCACGCCGAAGCAACGCCGCAGCGCUGCAAAGCAAAAUGGGGCGCUUGAGAGCAGCAGUGCGAGCAAAUCUGCCGCGCCAGUGUCCGAACCCAAAGCCGAGUCGCCAGCUCCUGUCUCCGAGACAGAAACGGAUGCCAGGGCGAAGGUUUCAGAACCGAAGCCGACCGCAUUGGAUGAUGCUAAGGAAUGCGUUGGCAUCGCUGAAACGGUGGAAGCUAAGGCUGAUGCUGCUGCGGCUACGGAAGCGGCGGCGGGUGCUGCCGAUGACAGUGAGGACAAGGAACCUGGACCUUUGGCUGGCCCGAAUGUGAUGAAUAUCGUGGUGGUGGCUUCUGAAUGUGCUCCUUUCUGCAAAACAGGUGGUCUCGGAGAUGUUGUGGGUGCUUUGCCCAAGGCUUUAGCAAGGAGAGGACACCGUGUUAUGGUAGUGAUACCAAGGUAUGGCGAGUAUGCAGAAGCCCGGGAUUUAGGUGUACGCAGACGUUACAGGGUAGCUGGACAGGAUUCAGAAGUGACUUAUUUUCAUUCUUACAUUGAUGGAGUUGAUUUCGUAUUUAUAGAAGCCCCUCCCUUCCGGCACCGGCACAAUGAUAUUUAUGGAGGAGAAAGAUUGGAUGUUUUGAAGCGCAUGAUUUUGUUCUGCAAGGCUGCUGUUGAGGUUCCAUGGUAUGCUCCAUGCGGUGGUACCGUCUAUGGUGAUGGCAAUUUAGUUUUCAUCGCUAAUGAUUGGCAUACUGCACUUCUGCCUGUCUAUCUGAAGGCCUAUUAUCGAGACAAUGGUUUGAUGCAGUAUGCUCGAUCCGUUCUUGUGAUACACAACAUUGCUCAUCAGGGUCGUGGCCCUGUAGAUGACUUCUUCAGUUUCGACUUGCCUGAACACUACAUCGAUCACUUCAAGUUGUACGAUCCUGUUGGUGGCGAUCACAGCAACGUCUUUGCUGCCGGGCUGAAGAUGGCAGACCGGGUGGUCACCGUGAGCAGCGGGUAUCUGUGGGAGCUGAAGACGUUGGAAGGUGGGUGGGGACUCCACGACAUCAUAAACCAGAACGACUGGAAGCUGCAGGGCAUCGUGAACGGCAUCGACAUGAGCGAAUGGAACCCCGCGGUGGACGUGCACCUGCACUCGGACGGCUACACCAACUACACGUUCGAGACGCUGGACACGGGCAAGCGGCAGUGCAAGGCGGCCCUGCAGCGGCAGCUCGGUCUGCAGGUCCGCGACGACGUGCCGCUGAUCGGCUUCGUCGGGCGCCUGGACCACCAGAAGGGAGUGGACAUCAUCGCGGACGCGAUCCACUGGAUCGCGGGGCAGGACGUGCAGCUGGUGAUGCUGGGCACGGGGCGGCCCGACCUGGAGGACCUGCUGCGGCGGUGCGAGGCGGAGCACAGCGACAAGGUGCGCGCGUGGGUGGGGUUCUCGGUGCCUAUGGCGCACCGCAUCACGGCGGGCGCGGACGUCCUGCUGAUGCCGUCGCGGUUCGAGCCGUGCGGGCUGAACCAGCUGUACGCGAUGGCGUACGGCACGGUGCCCGUGGUGCACGCCGUGGGCGGGCUCCGCGACACGGUGGCGCCCUUCGACCCGUUCGCGGACGCCGGGCUCGGGUGGACGUUCGACCGCGCGGAGGCGAACCGGAUGAUCGACGCGCUCGGGCACUGCCUCAAUACGUACCGGAACUACAAGGAGAGCUGGCGGGGCCUGCAGGCGCGCGGCAUGGCGCAGGACCUCAGCUGGGACCACGCCGCGGAGCUCUAUGAGGACGUGCUCGUCAAGGCCAAGUACCAGUGGUGAGCGAGCCGGCUGGCGACGCCGACGCGCGCCUCCCGUCGCGGGACCCUGGACGCGCGGCCGCGGGCGUGCUUCUUCCAGGCGGUGCGCGCGGCGCAUUUGCGCCGGGCGACGGUGGCUGGCGUGGCGUGCCGGGGGAGCGUGGGCGGGCGUGCGUGCGAUGAUGCCACCGGGCGAAGGGGACUAGCUAGACAGCGACGGGCCGACGGCGAUGCAAGUGACCUCUGCUGCUGCCGUGCUCAUGGUCUGAAUCACUUUGAUCCGGUUCCAGGUGAUGUAAAAUUAUCGAGUUUUGGAGGCGAGGCGCGUGCAUUCCGCCGGUAAAUGGAGUUGUAGAAGCUGUACUACUCUUUACAUCGCCAUUUUUGUAUCUACCUUAUGCUGGCAAAUCCUUGAACUUCAACUUCUACCAGAUGGGCAGUAUAUUUCUCU